ACACACUCAGCACACAUCUUAAACAGACUGUUCCUGGCCCCUGUGCCUCCUGCUACUGAGGGACUUCACACACACACACACACACACACACACACACACACACACACACGUCACUUCUGUGUUCCAGUAGGUGGUGGGGCGUGAACAGGGUGGAGUCUCAAGGGGAAGAAAGGGGCCGCAGGACAUCUUGGCCAAGUCUUAGCCCCUGGAGAUGCCGCCACCAGUGGUGCUGCUCUGCCUGCUGCUGCUGGGGAAUUUGGAGCCUGCAGGAGCACUGAUCCGAGUUCCUCUUCGCCGAGUCCAUCCUGGACACAGGUUCUUAAGCCCACUGAAUGGAUGGGGACAGCCUCCUAGCAUCUCCGCCUCUGGUGACGAGCGCUCCUUUGUGCCUCUGUCCAAGUUCAUGAACGUCCAGUACUUUGGAGACAUUGGUUUGGGAACACCUCCUCAAAACUUCACUGUUGUCUUUGACACGGGUUCUUCCAAUUUCUGGGUCCCAUCCUCGAGAUGUCAUUUCUUCAGUUUGGCCUGCUGGUUUCACCAUCGUUUCAACCCCAAGGCCUCCAGCUCCUUUCGGCCCAACGGGACCAAGUUUGCCAUUCGCUAUGGGACCGGACGGCUGAAUGGAAUCUUGAGCCAGGAUGAUCUGACUAUCGGGGGAAUCCAUGGCGCCUCUGUGAUGUUUGGAGAGGCUCUGUGGGAGCCCAGCCUGGUCUUUGCGUUUGCCCAUUUUGAUGGGAUUCUGGGCCUCGGUUUCCCGACUCUAGCUGUGGGAGGAGUUCAGCCUCCCCUGGACACACUGGUGGAGCAGGGACUGCUGGAGAAACUCGUCUUCUCCUUCUACCUCAACAGGGACUCUGAAGGGUCUGACGGGGGAGAGCUGGUCCUGGGGGGCUCAGACCCAGCUCACUACAUACCCCCCCUCACCUUCAUACCAGUCACCAUCCCUGCCUACUGGCAAGUCCACAUGGAGAGUGUGAAGGUUGGCACAGGGUUGAGUCUCUGUGCCCAGGGCUGUGGUGCCAUCCUGGACACAGGCACAUCCCUCAUCACAGGACCUAGUGAGGAGAUCCGGGCCUUGAAUAAGGCCAUUGGGGGAUAUCCCCUCCUGACUGGGCAGUACCUCAUUCAGUGUUCCAAAAUCCCAGAGCUUCCCCCUGUCUCCUUCCGCCUUGGCGGAGCCUGGUUUAACCUCACAGGCCAGGACUACGUCCUCAAGAUUUUUCCGAGCGAUGUUGGCCUCUGCCUGUUGGGCUUCCAGGCCUUGGACAUCCCGAAGCCUAAAGGACCCUUCUGGAUCCUCGGGGACGUCUUUUUGGGGUCCUACGUGGCCGUCUUCGACCGAGGGGACAAAAACAACGGCCCCCGCGUGGGUCUGGCGCGUGCUCAGCCUCGUGCAACCAGACCGGCAGGAGGAGCUACGCAGGCGCAGUUCCUCUGAGGACGCCCCGAUUAGGGUACAUUCCCACAGAGCCAAUGUUUUUUUCCAAUUAAAAAAAAAAAAAAUCCACUUUCCAUUUAA